UAGUUUAAUCGUUCAGGUGUAUAGUCAAUGUUUACGUUAAGGAAAUUAAUAGCGUAGUGAAUGAUACAGGAACUAAAUAUCAUAGAGUAUUGGCAACAGUCUAAAAUUGAUUAAUAAAAAUCGACGCCUAAAAACCUCAAAAGUAUGUAAAAAAAUAUGGCUACUGAAGACGUGAAAAGUAUCAGUAGUGAAGUGGAGGUAUUAAAUCUAAACAGUUACGACAAUUCAGAAGAAACUUGUGAUAAAAUUAAGGAGGUUCCACACACGCAGGGAGGAAGACUUCCAAUAGUGAGAGAAGAUGUUCAAUUACCGGAUGAUUUUGAGGGAAAACUCGCCUUUGUAUUGUACAACGUUUUUACUAAAGAGGAGUGUGAAGACUACAUCAAUAGGACGGAAACAAUGGGAUACGCGGAUGCCCUUGUUAACAUCGGUGGUGGUAGGCAGAUAAAAAUGUCGGAUGUCCGCAACAACACGCGCUGUAUCUGGGACACGGUGGAGGAAGCUGACCGGAUAUGGCAAAGAAUCAAAGAGCACGUGCCCGAAGAGUUUAAAACUCACAAGGUGCUUGGUCUCAAUGAAAGACUUAGGUUCUUGAAGUACAAACCUGGAGAAUAUUUUAAGCCACACAUGGACGGAUCGUAUUUCAGAGACAACGGAGAAAAGAGUUUCGUCACCAUCCAGCUGUACCUGAACGAGGGUUUCGAGGGAGGAAGUACAACAUUCAUGGACUUUGAUGAAAUUAAUCCAGUUGAAGUCGUCCCUAAAACAGGCAGCAUUCUGGUGUUCCAACAUGACAUCAUGCACGAGGGCUCGUUGCUAAAGAAGGGAAAGAAAUACGCAAUGAGAACCGAUGUCAUGUACUCGGCGACGAGCAGCUCCUGAAAAUACACUGUACAGGGACUGUAGACCUUAAGCAAAUCAGACCAAAGAUGAGAUUUGUAAUGACGUUUCAUGUGUGCUCUUAACUUGAAGAUCGAGUACAAUAUCCGUGACACAUACUGCUAAUUGUGAAAAUGUUAUACUGUGUUGCCACACUCUUGUUACCGUAUUGUUUUGCUAUCAAAAUAAAAAGUAAUCUAGGAAUUUGGCACAUGUAUGUUGCGAUUUCAUACGUUUCAUAUUAUUAGGUAAGGACCAUUAUGGGAUAACGUGUUUUUUUUCUUCCUGAGAGUCACUUGUAUUACUUUGUGCAAUACCACUCCAAGGUGAUUACUUAUGUAUAUCUAUAUACUGUGAUAGCUGAACAAUACAAUUAAUUUAAAGUUUUUAUUGCUCGAUUUAUUCGGAAAUUGGACAAUAAAUGCAUAAUUCUUUCACUCAGAAGGCGUUUGUCAUUAUGAUAUAUUUGUCAUACUCUCUUUUACCAACCAUUGUUCCUUGUCACACUGCGUUCAUUUAACAGAAUUCGUUGACCUAGAUUCUUUAUUAAUACUGUUAUAUUUGUAUUAUAUAUCAAUACAUAAUCAUCUUUUAAUAAACGUUGAUUAUUG